AUGACCGAUCAACCAGCGACCAUCCAGGAACCCUCACCAUUGGACGUUCUCCGCUACCGCUAUCAACAUGGCACCAACUUUGGUUCUGUUUUCGUGCUUGAGAAAUGGCUCACUUCCAGCAUGUAUCAGGACAAUGCCGACUCAGCCGAGCUUGCGGCUGUGACUGGCAACAUCAAGGCCAUGGGUCUCGACGCAGCAAAACAAAAAUUCGAAAAUCAUUGGGAGACUUAUAUCAGUGAUUCGGAUAUAGACUGGCUUGCAGAUCAAGCUCACUGUACAUCUGUGCGUCUGCCCAUUGGAUACUUCACACUGGGCCCGGCCUACUGCGAUGGUACACCGUUCGAGUCUUCUGCCGCAGUAUACCAGAACGCAUGGCCUGCCGUCAAGCGUCUUGUCAGCAGACUUACUGCCAAGGGUAUCGGCACACUUCUUGAUCUGCACGCCCUGCCUGGUGGCGCCAACGGAGGCGAUCACUCGGGUACCAACAGUGGUAAAGCCGAGUUGUGGAAGUCAAAGAAGAACCUUGAUCUUGCUACACGCUGUCUGUUGUUUAUCGCUAAAGAAGCCAAAUCAAUGGAUGGAGUCAUUGGUCUUCAGCUGGUGAAUGAAGCAGAAUGGGGUGCUUCUGGUAUGUACGGCUGGUACGAUUCGGUCAUCAGCCAGAUUGGUGGUAUCGACAACACUGUACCCCUCUACAUCUCGGACGCCUGGAAUCUUGGUCCAGCAGUCAGCUAUAUUAACGGCAAGAACAGCUUGCACGCUGGUCGAGCAAACCCAAUCGUCAUUGACACCCACUUGUACUGGGCAUUCUCAGAUGAUGACAAGAAGAAGGAUCCCCGCCAGAUCGCGAACGAAGCCAGAGGAAAGUUGAGUGAGCUCGAUGGUCAUGAUGGUAAUGUUGUAGAUAACGGCGCCGCACAAGUAGUCAUCGGCGAAUACAGCUGUGUCUUGACCGAAGACUCGUGGGCCAAGGCCGCUGUCAACGAGAAGGAGAACCUGGUUCGCGAAUUUGGCCAAGCGCAGACUCAGAGAUAUCAGCAAAGAGCUGGUGGCAGUUUCUUCUGGACAUACCGCAUGGACUGGAUGGACGGUGGAGAAUGGGGCUUCAAGCAACAGACAAACAACGGCGCCAUCACAGCACCCAACAAUCUCACUCUGUCGAAUGAUGAUGUUCAAGCCCGCAUUGGACAUGCACAAUCUCAAGCAGAUGCGAAGCUUGGACAGAGCUUCGGCAGCCACUGCAACUACUGGGAUACCAACCAUCCUGGGGACUAUGAGCACUGGCGCUACGAAAGCGGUUGGAAACUCGCUUUCAACGACGCGAUGACCUUCUUCGGCGCUAGAUCUAAUGGUAGUCUUCCCGGUAGUGGAGGUGACAAGAUUGGUAUGCUUGACAUCUGGACCAAGAAGAGAAUUGUCGAAAGUGGCCAGGCAGGUAAACUGUUGUGGGAGUUUGAACAAGGAUUCAGACAAGGUGUUCGUGACUUCUACGAACUUGCCGGCAUCUAG